AUGGCCGUUAGCUCAUUAUACGAGACUUUUACCAAGCGCUCUCGUCUCGACAUUGCAUGUGGCGCAGAUGAUCAGAGUAGCGCAUUCGCUGUGUGGCAUUACAACGAGGCUAUAAGACUGUUACGAACAACGACAGACCGGGCUUUGAUACUGUUCGUCUGUGUCCUGUUCAUCUGCGUCGAGCUGCUUCGGAAGAACUCCAAAGAUGCCGUUGAACAUUGCCGACAUGGGAUAAAUAUCCUCAACGAAGUUCGCAGCGAAUCAGAUUUCAUAAAGAACCACGUCCAGCCGGCAAUACGAAAUUUGAGCAUUGUCCCAUAUCUAUACGGCGCCGAUCCUCAUUCCUUCCCAACCCUAGGCAAGCCCGCGCCGGCCACGAAAUACAAUUUUCGCAACAUCUCAGAAGCACAUCAAUCGCUGGUCUGUGUCCUGGUACGGGUCGUACGAUUCGCGCGGUGUUUGACUGAACCACGUCUGGAGCCCGGGCGAAACGGUCCCGAUCCUGGAACAGAGUGGACCCAGCAGGACAUUGUAGAAGAUAUGGACGCUUGGUUAGAAGGACUUCGUCACUUCACGGGAUACAUAUAUGUUCCGGCAGGCCCCGAAGAGAGGGAUAUCUGCAGGUUAUUGGAGAUGCGGUGGACGGUUGGCAAGGUCAUGUUGCUAACCUGUCGGUCCAACAACGGACGCGCCUACGACGAACACUUCGCAAAGUUCCGAACGAUAGUCGAACUUGCGAUCCCCGCAGCUGCGGCAGCAACAGCUUCAGCUGGAAAGCGAAAGCCAGGGUAUUGUACCGAGAGACACCCCCUUGAACUGGGGUUCACUUCCUUGCUCGCCUUCGUGGUCAUGAAGUGUCGCAUCUUCGAGCUGAGGCUGGCGGCAUGGAAGCUCAUGAACAAAUUGCAUCGUCCUAACGAUAACAUAUGGAGCGAGGAUGUGACAAUCGUGCUGGGGAGGAGAAUCAUGGAGUUGGAACACCACGUCAACUUGGAUGAUUUGAAGCUGGAUGACGACGAUGAUAUCAGCGAGAUUGGGGAGGGCGAUCCCGCAUUGGUUCAAAAAGAACGAAUCGUAAACUUCAGCGCCAAUUUUGCGAACAACGAAUUCCCUAGGCGGAAUGUGCGAUUCAACUUUCUUAUAAAAGAAGGCCAGAGUAAAGAGUACGUCGUGGAGGAUGAUUGGAUUUCGGUCAAGUCGCGACCGAAGACGCAACUUCUGGAGGAAGAGUCAGAAUGGACUUGGAAGGGACACUGUUGA